AUGGCGCCGCAACUUGAUGCUGCAACGCGUCUUCUGGUUGAAACUAUGCUGGCGCAAGGAUACGAUACCAAGCUAGUAGCCUCAAAAGCCUCAUGCACAGUACGCACCGUCCAGAGAAUCCGUCUAGAAAGACAACAUUCCGAAAUGCACACCCGAAGAACAGCCCGCGUUGGCCGCCGAAGCCGCAUGGCAUCGUCCAUGCAGAAGGCCCUUUGUGACAUGUUAAUCAAACAGCCGUACCUGUAUCGAUGCGAAAUGGCAGACUUUCUUUAUCGUAACUUCGGGACACGUAUAUCGGAGCGAUCGAUCGGUCGGACCCUGCGGUCAAUCGGCUGGACUAGAAAAACGAUCCGCCGUAUUGCCCAACAACGGGACGACGAUCUUCGAGACCACUAUCUACAUAGGAUAUCGCAGUACAAGUCCUACCAACUUGUAUUUGUAGACGAAUCUGGCUGUGACAGACGGGCGGGCUACCGGCGUUGGGGGUGGUCUCCGAAAGGGUCCUCUCCGGUGGAGGUCACGAAGUUCGGCCGCGGGAGAAGAUGGCACAUUCUUCCAGCAUACGCCCAAGAUGGCAUCCUGCUGAGACGAGUCUACCAAGAGUCAACAGACAGUGACUUGUUCGAAGACUUUAUCGCUCAACUGCUCCAUCACUGUGGCAGACACCCAGAGCCCAAGUCGGUAAUCGUCAUGGACAAUGCUUCGUGGCACCGGUCAGAGAAGAUCAUGCAGAUGUGCCGAGAUGCGGGUGUGGUGCUGGAGUUUCUAUCGCCGUACUCGCCUGACUUCAACCCUAUUGAGGAGCACUUUGGAGUACUCAAGAGGUUUAUCAAGAAACAGUGGCAUGAGAACGAGGACUUCAUAGCAAGAGGGUUCCAAAUGUUUUUGGAGUGGUGCGUCGACGUAGUCGGCGACGAUGCAGACAUUGCGGAGAGUCACUUUCGUCAUGCGGGGAUAUUCAUUACACAGCCACCGAGAUAA